AACUUUCACUCAACUCAUUUUUCAUCAAACACUCAUGAGUGAAACGAUCAUAGCCCCCCUCCCAUCAGGCCUUCUACCAGAUGAGGCCUCACCAGAAUGGCUAAACAAGGGUGACAACGCGUGGCAGCUCACGGCAGCCGCUUUGGUCGGCCUACAAAGUGUCCCCGGUCUUGUGAUCCUUUAUGGAAGCAUGGUGAAGAAAAAAUGGGCGGUGAAUUCGGCUUUUAUGGCAUUAUAUGCCUUUGCCGCGGUCUUAAUAUGUUGGGUCACGUGGGCACACCAACUCUCCUUUGGCGAUAAACCCAUGGGAAUCAUGGGCAAACCGAAUUUGGGAGCCGUUACUCCAAAGUAUUUGCUUGAACAACAAUAUGAUAAGAUGAUUCCAAAAGCUGAUUAUGUGUUUUAUCAGUUUGUGUUUGCGGCAAUAACUGUUAUAUUGCUUGGUGGUUCAUUGCUAGGAAGGAUGAACUUCUAUGCUUGGAUGAUAUUUGUGCCUUUGUGGCUCACUUUUUCGUACACUGUUGGCGCAUAUACGAUUUGGGACAAGGGUUUUCUUUCUAAACAUAUUAUUGACUUCUCGGGUGGUUAUGUUAUUCAUUUAUCAUCCGGAGUUGCUGGCUUCACUGCCGCUUAUUGGGUGGGGCCACGGCAUGUUAACGAUAGGGACCAUUUCCCACCGAACAAUAUUAUACACAUGAUGGCCGGAGCGGGGUUCCUAUGGAUGGGGUGGAGUGGAUUUAAUGGUGGAUCGCCGCUAGCCGCAAAUGAGAUCACUUCCCUCGCAGUUUUAAACACGCAUCUUUGUACCGCCACCAGCAUGUUGGUUUGGAUGAUCUUUGACUCGAUCUUCUUUGCACAAAGCUCAGUCGUGGGUGCCGUUCAAGGCAUGAUGACCGGCCUUGUGUGCAUUACUCCGGCUGCAGGAAUUGUUGAUUCUUGGGCAGCAAUGCUUAUGGGAGUCUUGGCUGGUUCAAUUCCGUGGUACACCAUGAUGGUUCUACACAAAAAAAUAACCUUCCUCAAACAAGUUGAUGAUACUUUAGGCGUGUUGCACACCCAUGCAGUCGCGGGUCUUUUGGGAGGCUUAUCAGCGGGCAUCUUUGCCAAACCGAACCUUGUAAAACUAUUCUACAAUUCUAACAUUUAUAAGCAAGGUCCAGGCUUGUUAUACAGCAUAAUCAACACUAAUGAGGAGGUUCAUGUCCAUGAUGGAUUCAAGCAAAUGGGUUACCAAAUCGUGGGUGCAAUGUUUAUCGCUGCAUGGAACAUUGUAGUUACGAGUCUUGUAUGCAUAUUUGUGAGCCGGUUAGUUGACUUGAAGAUGCAUGAAGAUGAUCUAGAGAUUGGUGAUGAUGCGGUUCAUGGUGAAGAGGCGUAUGCAUUGUGGGGAGAUGGUCAAAGGCAUCCGCCAACAAUUUUUCGACGUAUAGCCACAAGAGUUUGAAUUUGGUUUAGAUAAUCGGGAAAGUUGCUUAAUUAGGAUCGGGAUUAAGGAUCAAUAGAUCAUCAAUGUGAAUUAUGAUUGAUCAUCAUCAUAAGGUGGUAAAUGUUUUUAUUUUGAUACUACAUAUGUACUAGUAUCAAAAGAAAAGUGUCUUCUUGUGUACAAUUCUAUAUUUUAUUAUUAUUUUUAC